AUGCUGCCUGCGAGCACUGAUGCCUGCUUCUCAAUGCUCUUAACGGAUUUGGACUUCUCCACGCCUGUCCAAUCCUACAACACCGCUGUAGACUCCGACAUACCACAUGCGUACACGCUGGGCACAUCGCACGGCGGGUCUCACGAGAUGACGUACGAAAGUUGCCAUGCAGGCUUACAUGCAGGCCACUCUCUCUCCAGCCAUGAUCUGUGCGCGCAAGACGGGACGCAAGCAACCUUCGCUAGCGCGCCCUUGCCCAACGAGCAGCUCUUCCAGGAGCUCGGUAACUCGCAGAUCUUCACUUUGUCGCAGCAGCAGGAGGGUAUCAAGACAGCUCUGCAGCUAAUGGGCACGCUCUGCUGCCCCGAAGACCACCCUCCGUAUGCGAGCCUGUCGCCUCUGGAGCGCGAGAUAUCCGCCACCACGCUUAUGGACAGGUGCAGGAAGGUGACAAGGACUGUCAGCGACAUGCUGCAGUCGGACAGCUCCAAGGACGGCUACUUCUUGGCCGUCGUCUGCCUGCUCAUGUCCAAGGUGCUGGACGCCUACGUCUGCGCGUCACAGGCCCUGAGUAUCCCGGAAGUAGACGAACUGAGAAUGUCGCUCUCGUCUUCGUCAUCGACCGCUGCAUCGGAGUCGUCCCGCAGCAGUGUCUCUCUAGCAGCGGGCGGAGGGGACCAGAAAGCCGUCCAGCAACUGCUAGACGAGCUGUAUCAAGUGCGGGCCUCUAUGGACCUCUUGGGCGCCAAGAUUAUAUCCAUGUCGUCGAGUCGGGAUGGCAUGGCGGGCGGCAGUCUCACACCUUCAUACUACGAGACGCUCGCGGCGACGUUGCCUUUUUCAGCGGAGAUUUUGAACCAGCUAUAUAACGAGCAACGACGGCGUUUGAAGACGGUUUCUCUUCAGCUGAUUAAUAAUUUACGGGCGUUUUGGGUAGAGGAGCAUGUGUUUUAG